UGGUAGACCAAGGUUUCCCACGCACGUUUCACGCAGCGGAGCAUAGUGACGACCAUGGUGCGUCACCAAAGUGUCCCCAUUCGGGCUUCCAGUGCUAGGAGGUUUAUUAGCCUUGAUUUCGAUAAAACGCCCUGUGUUAAUUGUUCAGCCUUGGCCUCGGGCGGGUUGCAGAAGGUGUUGUUGAGUGCAUGGCUCUACCUUGGGCAGGCGUACCGCUGAACGAGACGCGCUUUUUUGGGCGC